UACUAGGUAGUGUCUCCCACAAUUACUGCAGUCUUUCAGGCGAAUAGAUGAAGACUUGCCUCAUUUUCACAAAGGAGAGUUUUGUUUCAUCUUUUUUCCUUGUCUGAGUCUGUCGCUAACUCAAUUAUAGGUAAACGUCGAAGGGGCAUCUUAAUACUACAUUGGCGCCUUUUUGAGAACAUCGACCACGAGUUACUAAAAUAAACAACUAUCAAUUUAUUUCAACCUCAAGUAACUUUAUUUGACUUUAAAUUCGUGCACUAUUUAAUAACAAGCGAAAAUGGCCUCCCAAGACGAGACCCAUGAGACUGCCAUCCACCAGUGGAAAAUCAGGCGGUUGAUAAAGACCCUUGAUGCAGCAAGAGGAAAUGGAACCAGCAUGAUUACUUUAAUCAUCCCACCUGGAGAUGAUAUAAAUCGAUACUCACAGAUGCUUGUGCAAGAAGCUAGUACGGCAAGCAGGAUUAAGGUAGAUUAAACAUUACACCUCUCGAAUGGGUACACUACUACUACUACUACUACUGUCGAAAUACACUGUAGUUCUUGUUGUUCUUGUAGCUUCUACUUCAUUUAGUUACAACUGGAAGAAAUCAUCAUACAGCAACAUUACACUAGUCAUAUCAACCAAUACAUCAAGAACUGUGGUUGCUCAAACUUUUAUUUACGAUCGGCGUCGUGGCUCUCCUUAGGAGGUACCGCUUCACUGAACGGCCUCAUACAUGAUAGACGCGUAUUGCUACAAAAGAGGCACCAUGACACAUACACCUCAUCGUGUACAACAAUAAUACUCGUCACGACAACUGCACAACUUCGACUAGUACCAUAAUAGUUAAACAACCAUACCACAACCAACGAUACAGAGUCGAGUGAAUCGAUUAUCAGUGUGCGGGGCAAUCGCAUCAACACAGCAGAGACUGAAGCUGUACAACAGAACGCCGCCGAAUGGGCUUGUCAUCUAUUGUGGUGAAAUAAUCACUGAGGAAGGUACUUGUGCAGAAUUUGUUCAACAAGAUUGCAGGAGUUGAUGUAUGAGUUUCACGCGUAUGUAGUUGACGAUGAUCUCCACCUCGUUGAGUAAUUAUGAAAAUUUCGUCAACUUGAUUUUUGCUCUUGCUUACCGACGGACCCCCACAUGAUCCCACGACCAGGUAAGGAGAAGAAAGUGACGAUUGAUUUCGAGCCGUUUCGACCCAUCAAUACUUCACUGUAUUUGUGCGACAACAAGUUUCACACUGAAGACCUGCAAAGUCUUUUGGAAAAUGACGAUAAAUUUGGCUUCGUCGUCAUGGAUGGUAACGGCUCCCUCUACGGCACACUAUGUGGCAAUACGAGAGAAGUGCUGCACAAGUUUUCAGUAGACUUGCCGAAAAAGCACGGUCGCGGAGGUCAGUCAGCCUUGCGUUUCGCACGUCUGCGUUUGGAGAAGCGACACAACUACGUCAGAAAAGUAGCAGAAACAGCAGUCCAGAUGUUCAUCUCCGACAACAGGCCAAAUGUCAAAGGAUUAGUCUUGGCAGGUAGACUUUUCGUCUAGAUUUUGUUACGACCUUGAAUGAUGCAUCCUUCUAAGAAAUAAAGCUUUUUCGAAAUUUUUGUAAUAGAGCCAUAAGAUGAACGAAUACUCAAUGUCACUCCUGCUCCAGGUUCCGCCGAGUUUAAGAAUGAUUUGUUAGCUUCCGACUUGUUCGAUGGUCGACUCGCAGAAGUUGUGCUCAAGGUUGUGGAUGUUUCCUACGGUGGCGAGAACGGCUUCAAUCAGGCGAUUGAACUUGCCGGAGAGACUCUCAGAAAUGUUAAGUUUCUGCAAGAAAAUUAAGGCUUUUGUUCGGAAAUCGAAAUCCAUCUUCACUCUCACUCCAGCAGAUCUAUCUUGGCCUUGCCUCCUGUUUGUGACAACAGGAACGACUACUAGAGUCAACUACAGGUGCACCAAGAAGAUCGAUGCUCACCAAGAUAGAUUUCUGCGCUCACCAAGUUCUAAGAAAAGAAGCUGAUUUGUAGCUUCAUGGAGGAAAUUGCGCAAGAUACGGGUAAGGUGUGCUUUGGCGUAUCAGAAACGGUGGAGGGGUUGAACAUGGGAGCAGUGGAAACACUCAUCGUCUGGGAAAACUUGGACGUACUCUUUACUUGUCACCUAUGUAUAGGAGAAAAGGAGGUUUAGGUUUCUUUAGUGGUAGGGGUAGGAGUAGGAGUUUGAUACAAGAACAAAGAACCGAGUUCAUCUUUUUCACCUGCAUCCGACAUAAUCAUCAUCCACACACACACACACACUCCAAAAACUCACCAUAUAGCUUAUGCGAUACGUGUUGCGGAAUCCAGUGACCGACAUAAGCCAUACACUUUACAAGACGCCAAAGCAAGAGGAAAACAAAGACUUUCUGAAAGAAGGGCAGACAGACUUGGAAGUCCUCGAAAAAACACCGUUUUCCGAAUGGAUUGUACAACUUUGUUCACAUUUAUUUUGUUUUCACGUACUAAAUCAUUUUGAGGAGUACAACUCCCUCGCAUCAUUAAGGACUGCUCUUCUAUGUAUGAACGAUUUUUGAUGUGUCUCUCUAUCGUAUUUACCGACUUGUGAACCUGAUCCUCUGCAACCCAACUACAAUUAUAUAAACCUGCUAGGUGAACAACUUCAAGAACUUUGGUUGCACGUUGGAGUUUGUGACUGAUAGAUCGCAAGAAGGCAACCAAUUUGUGAAGGGAUUCGGCGGCAUUGGUGGUAUUCUCCGCUAUCGCGUCGAUUUCGCUGAAAUUCAAGGCGCCGACGCGGACGGUUUCGAACUCGAUGACGAUGAUGAUGACGAAUGGAUUUAAGUAAGUAGCCGGCGCUUCUAGAGGAGGUGGUCGUGGAUGAUGCGUAGAUGAUGGCGAAUGGUGUUGUUGUAGGCCCUGCUCUGGCAAAAGCGAGUACUUGAAUUCGCUGCGACCGCGAAUUGAAACGAAUGCACUAGGAGCUUCACUUACAAGAGUGAGAAACUACAUCUCCAGUACAACUAGUUACUCCUUCUGCGUACUAGUUUGUUCAUCAACGUCAAAGUCAUCAUCUUCAUUCACAGUAUGAAGUCGAGCCGCGGCUUGCGACAUCAAGAGAACGGUUUUAGAGGUUUCAACAUCAGUUUCACCCGUAAAAACAUGAAGUUUUCUGUCUCUACACGACUUGGAUUGCUGUCGUGUAGAAGGAGGACUGAUAUUAUUUUCACUGUGUGAUAUCUGUCAUAGAACUUGUUUAGUACCCGAUUAGCUAAGAACGUUAAUAUACCUGAACCUGUAGUCCUCUGAUCCUGUAGUUGUAAAUGCAAAUGUUCAACAUAAUACUAUGACGUAGUCAACAUUGAAGAUUGACGGAUGAUUGCGCAACAUAUGAAGAAGUUGAAAAAUGGAUGUGCAUUUGCCGCGAGGCUCUGCAAGUCCCUGGGGUCAUGGUAAUGAAACACGGAUCGAUGAGAUUAUGAAGCUGAAUGAAUAUAGAUGAGUUGACAUACAACUACAACAUGAACGUUGAUAAAACGUCGAGGGCGCAACGACCCUGCAGAUAAGUUGAAUGUAAAAAAGGCUAUAAGAAAUGAAGAAAUAAACCUAAACCCAUCUUCUGGAC